AUGCUACUUAAAGAACCAAAAUACAAAUUUUGCCACUGGCUGAAGAAGCAAUUUCUGAUAUCCGGAGACCAUCCUGAAACCUGGCAGUAUUUCAACAGCUAUCCCUCUAUGCUUGCUGAGAGACAGCGGCAAGUGUAUGAGGGCGGCAAACACGUCAUCCACCCGCUUAGCAUAUUCUGUUUUCGAUGGAACAGUUUAAUGGUAUUUAUUAACUUAGCGCAAAUGAUGCUGGCGCCAUUUAGACUCACCUUUCUACUGGAUGUAUGGCCUGCCAAAAUUUGGACCUUGGACUACGUUCUGCUCGCACACCACAUUAUCUGCCUAUUGGAUAUUAUUGUCAAAUUCAACUUAGGUUUCCAUGAGAAGAAUAAAGUCAAUUGUGCCCUGAAGAGGAAAAAAAUUGCUCUAAGGUACUUAUGCUCGUGGUUCCUGCUGGAUGUGUGCUCGAGCCUACCGCUACCGCAGAUCCUGAUCUACAUGGAGUGUCACCGUCGGUACAUACUGCUGGCCCAUUGCCUCGCUUGCCUUCGAUCUGCUCGUAUCGUCACUUGCUUCGUGGACGUUAAGGUUUUUAUGAAAAAGCUGACGACGUCGUACUCCUGGCAUGUCAGUAUACAACACUUGAUGCUCUUGAUCGUCGCCGCGCACUGGUGCAGCUGCAUCGUCUAUGUCUUCCCCGUCUUCUACUAUUAUUGGUACGGCCAAUUGCAUAGCACUAACAAUGCGGAGCUAAUAUCUUUGCACGGCCGCCUGCUCGACAUACCUGUCAGUGCCCGUUACGGGUUCUCAUUGUUUUUUACUGCGUGUGCAAUCUUCGGUAUCCGCUACUACAUGUUCCACACUCACACCAGACAUGAGGUUGUCGUGAACGCAGUUAUUAUUCUCAUCUUUUCAGUGUUCACAGUUUACAUUACAGCUUUAAUGUUUAAAUUGUACUUAACCAAGCACAAUGCCGAAUUGCGGUACAUUGAACUUAUGGAUCAAGUCGAAAGAUACAUGCGGCAGAAGUUAUUUCCUGCUCAAAUGAAAAAACGCGUACGUGAUUUUUACAACUACAGAUACCAUGGUCGAUAUUUCAAAGAAGUUACUCUUAACUGUCUUUCAGAACAACUUCGCAGUGAAAUCAACCUGUACUCGUGUCACAGACUAGUAGAAAACGUGAGCUUAUUUGAGGACAUCCCAGCGUCAGUUGUGGGCGCGAUUCUGGGUUGCUUGCAUGCAGAAGUUUACAUGCCCAAUGACGUCAUCGUACGCGCUGGAGACGUAGUGGACUGCGUGUAUUUCAUCAAUUCUGGAACAGUUGCCAUUUACACAGGGAAAGGAACCGAGGUGUCCCACUUGGACGACGGGGACCUCUUCGGAGUGGUCGCGCUGAUAAUGAAGGAUCUAAAGCAAGCGGCCACUGUGGUCGCCAUCGAAAUCACACAGUUAUAUCGGAUGGAUACCAAAUAUUUUCGGCAAUACGUAUUGACAAACAAGACAAUGAUGGAUCGAAUCCAAACAAUGGUCUCCCAACGCAUGCAUGUGACUGUUCUUAUUGAUAAAUGUACCGACAAACCUAGAUAAGAGAGAUGGUAAUGAUCUUCGAAGAGUUUAAGAGGAAUUACCUACCGUAUUUAUUAAUAUUGGUGCUAUUGUACCGACACUCUUUUGGAAACAUUCGAAUUCAUAAUUUUUAUAGUUCCACUU